AUGACCUCCCUCCCCUCACAACAUCCGUCGCUGGCCCUCCACCUAACAGACCGCGCCCUCAACCCGAUCCUGACCUCGGCGCACUCCCAAUCCCAACUCGAGGCACUCACCUCCCUAACAACGACCUCUCUGACCGCCCAUGCCGCCGCGAACCGCUUCUCUCUCGGCCCCGCCCAGCGCAUCAUUGUCGAGCACGGCCCGGGCAGCCCCGUCGUCCUAGCCUCCUUCCUCAACGGCGCCGAUGCCCUGCCGAACUCGGGCGGAGAAAGCUCCGUACCCUCAGCAUCAAAGCCCUCGUCGAGACCCGUGUCCUCGGGUCUCGCCGGCGCUGCUUCGAUAGCAGAGUCAUCUUCCAACGCGGCGCCGAUGCUGGUCGGCGUGGUGGUCGCGGCAACGGGUGAGGAGGCUAUGGAAGCGCGCCGCGCCGCGGGCAGACUUGAGAGGGUGGGCAGGGAGUUCCAACGAGAAUGGGUCGCCGAAGAAGGAACGGGCGACGCAGAUGGUCUCGGUCGCUGA